CCGGAGACACAGGCACAACAGCACCCCACGUAACACGGACCCGGUCGAUCGCCGCCUGAGCUCGGAGAGGUAGCUGCAAUGGAGUCCACGAAGAUCUCCGCGCUGCUGGUGCUCGCCAUGCUGGCGCUCUCCUCGCCCACCGUCGUGCUCGCGUGCUCCCCCGCCUCCGGGUGCGGCAGCGGCACCCCGUCGAGCGGCACGCCCUCGGCCGGCGGCGUCAGCAUACCCCCGGUCGGCGGUAUCGUUGGCACCGUCACUCCGAUCAUCGGCGGCGCCGUCCCAACCGUCGGCGGUGUCGUCGGCAAAGUCACCCCGGUCAUCGGCGGUGUCGUCGGCGGCGCCGUCCCCACCGUGGGCGGUGUCGUCGGCAAAGUCACCCCAGUCGUCGGCGGCGCCGUCCCCACCGUGGGCGGUGUCGUCGGCAAAGUCACCCCAGCCGUCGGCGGCGCGGUUGCUCCUGUUGUCGGCACCGUAGGCGGCGUCGUCGGCAAAGUCCCCGUCGUCAGCGGCGCCGUCCCUGCCGCCGGUGGCGUGGUCUCUCCUGUCGUCGGCACCGUAGGCGGCGUGGUUGGCGGCGUCCCCGUCGUCGGGGGAGUUGUCACUCCCGUCAUCGGCGUCGUGGCUCCCAUCAUCGGGGGCUCCCCGUCCCCCAAGACCCGCCACGGCGGACGCAAGGCGUGCCCUCCCUCGCCCCCGACCCCCACCCCGUCUCCCCCGACCCCGGCGCCGACUCCGCCGACGCCCACGCCUAGCCCCACGCCCUCCUCCGACACGUGCCCGAUCGACACGCUGAAGCUGGGCGUGUGCCUGGACCUGCUCGGCAACGAGCUGCACAUCGGCGACGCCAGCGUCAAGUGCUGCCCGCUCGUGGAGGGCAUCGCCGGGCUCACCGCCGCGGCGUGCCUCUGCACGGCCAUCAAGGCCAAGGUGCUCAACCUCGCCCUCUACGUGCCGCUCGCCCUCCAGCUGCUCGUCAACGACUGCGGCUGCGCCGUGCCCCCGGGCUACACCUGCGCCUGAUCCGUCCGUCCGUUCCACAUCCGACGCGCAUAAUUUAAGCCACAAGUUUGAAAUCAAGGUUGUUGUUCGGUCGAUGAAGCCACUCGCUUCUUGUUUGUUCAUUUAGUACUACUACAAUUUAUUUUAUUAUUAUUAUUACUAUUAUUACCAUCUUUCCGUUUGAUAUUCAUCUUGUAAGAUUUGUAUAUCCGGUUCCUAUGGAAGGUGUAAUUGUAUUGUGUACCAACCUCAAACUAUUUAUCCUGGUGAUGUAAUUCCAUUCUCGUCCA